AUGGAGCCGAACCUGGCACGCGUGGAUUACCUGCAGGUGGGAGUCACGGCGCAGAAGACGAUGAGGCUGCUGCCCGCAUCCGGGAAGAAGGCCACGCAGAAGGUGGUUGUUGGAGAUCAGGAUGGGGUCGUUACGUGUUUUGGCAUAAAAAAGGGGGAAGCUGUGCCAGUGUUCAAGACACUGCCAGGACAAAAGAUCUCCAGACUGGAGCUGGGAGGAGCUCUUAAUACACCACAAGAGAAAAUUUUUGUGGCUACAGGAUCUGAAGUCAGAGGAUUCACAAAAAGAGGGAAGCAGUUUCUUUCCUUUGAAACUAACCUUGCUGAAAGCAUCAAAGCUAUGUACAUUUCAGGAGCAGAUCUCUUUCUCUGUGCAAGCUACAUCUACAACCAUUACUGUGACUGCAAGGACCAGCACUACUUCCUAUCAGGAGAUAAAAUCAAUGAUGUUCUCUGCCUUCCUGUAGACAAAGUGAACUGCAUCACACCAGUGCUUGCGUGUCAGGACAGAAUCCUCAGGGUGUUACAGGGAUCUGAUUUGCUGUAUGAAGUAGAACUUCCUGGACCACCUACUGUUCUUGCUCUGAGCAAUGGCAAUGGAGGUGAUUCUGGGGAAGAAAUUGUGUAUGGGACUUCUGAUGGGAAGUUGGGUCUUACCCAGAUUACUGGUACCAAGGCAAUACCAAGGUGGGAAAUUGGAAAUGAAAAGAAGAGAGGAGGUAUUCUGUGUAUUGAUAGUUUUGACAUCCUGGGAGAUGGAGUUAAGGAAUUACUUGUUGGACGAGAUGAUGGAAUGAUAGAGAUUUAUAACUUUGAGAGUGCUGAUGAUCCUGUCCUUCGACAUGAUUAUGCUUUGUCAGAGAGCAUUGCAUCAAUCCAGGGUGGUUGCGUGGGAAAAGAUGGCUAUGAUGAAAUUUUAGCAGCAACAUACUCAGGCUGGCUGACAGGACUGACUACAGAACCUGUCCAUAGAGAAGGUGGAUCAGGUGAAGAACUAAAAUUAAGUCAAGAAAUGCAGAGCAAGAUUUCAUCCUUAAGGAAUGAAUUGGAACAAUUGCAGAUAAAAGUACUUCACGAACGGGAGAAAUACCAGCAGUCCUCUCAGUCCAGCACUGCAGUUUCCUCAGUACCUGCUUUCAGUGUGAAUGACAAGUUCACACUGAACAAGGAUGAUGCCAGCUACAGCCUCAUCUUGGAGGUGCAGACAGCCAUAGAUAACGUCCUGGUGCAGAGUGACGUCCCCCUGGACUUGCUGGAUGUGGAUAAAAAUUCUGCUGUUGUUAGUUUUAGCAGCUGUGAUUCUGAGCCAAAUAGCAACUUUCUUCUUGCAACUUACAGAUGCCAAGCAAAUACUACAAGACUUGAACUUAAGGUUCGCUCGAUUGAAGGACAGUACGGGACACUUCAGGCGUACGUAACUCCCAGAAUUCAACCAAAAACCUGUCAAGUUCAUCAAUAUCAAAUUAAGCCACUUUCACUUCACCAAAGAACUCAUUCUAUCGACCAGGACAGGCCCAUGAAUACACUGAUGCUCAAAGGCCAGUUCAGUUUUGCUGAAAUUCACUCCUGGGUUGUGUUUUGCUUGCCUGAGGUGCCUGAAAAGACUCCUGCUGGAGAAUGCAUCACCUUUUAUUUUCAGAACACUUUCCUAGGAACACAGCUUGAAAGUACUUACAGAAAAGGUGAGGGAUAUUUUAAAUCUGACAACAUCUCUACAAUAUCCAUCCUCAAAGAUGUGCUUUCCAAAGAGGCUACUAAAAGGAAGAUUAAUCUCAACAUAUCGUAUGAUGUAAAUGAAGAAUCUGUGAGGCACACAUUAAAGCUUAUCCACCCUAAAUUAGAGUAUCAGCAGCUGCUGGCCAAGAAGGUUCACUUAAUAGAUGCUUUGAGAGAAUUACAAGUUCAUGAAGGCAGUGUGGACUUCCUGCUCCCAAAAUACCGCAGCAUUUUGGAAGAGGCAGAUCAGCUGCUUGAGGAAUACAAGAGACAGCCUGCACAUCUCGAGAGACUUUAUGGUAUGAUCACAGAUCUCUUCAUAGAUAAAUUUAAAUUUAAAGGCACCAAUGUGAAAACCAAAGUUCCUCUCCUUCUGGAAAUUCUGGAUGGCUGUGAUCAAGAUGGAUUGAUUGCUUUUUUUGAUGCUGCCUGA